AGGCGCGGGGCGCUCUUCCUGGGGCCUGGCGGCGGCGGCGGCGGCGGCGCGCGCGCGGCGGGCAGAUGGUGGCGAGCUCCGUGGCAGGAUAUAGUACUACAAAACAGCAUUAACCUCAGUAUUAGCCUCAGCUAUGCAGAACUCAGAGAAUACAGAGGAGGAGAAGACCGUGAGCAGUGACAAUGCAGACAAUGGCGCUGAGACAACAGCAGAAGAGCAGCAUAUGGACUUCAGUACAGAAAUUAUGAGUGUAACAGAGAUGGAACAAUCACCUGAUAGUUCCGCUGACCUGAAUGAAGAGAACACGCAAGAAGGUGAAAUUUCGAAUAUUGAAAGUUUACAGACAACAGAUAUUGAGUCUUGCUUCCCUCCAGAUUAUGAGAAGUUCUGGAAAGUAGUAGAGGAGAAUCCGCAGGAUUUCACAGGAUGGGUGUAUCUUCUACAAUAUGUAGAGCAAGAGAAUCAUUUACCGGCUGCCAGGAAAGCAUUUGACAAGUUUUUCACACAUUAUCCAUAUUGCUAUGGAUACUGGAAAAAGUAUGCAGACCUUGAAAAGAGACAUGACAACAUUAAACAAUCUGAUGAGGUUUAUCGCAGAGGGCUUCAGGCAAUUCCUCUUAGUGUUGAUCUUUGGAUACAUUAUAUAAACUUCUUGAAAGAGACCUUGGACCCUGAUGAUCCUGAGACUAACAGUACUGUAAGGGGAGCCUAUGAACAUGCGGUCUUGGCAGCUGGGACAGAUUUCCGUUCUGACAGACUGUGGGAAAUGUAUAUAAACUGGGAAAAUGAACAAGGGAACCUAAAAGAAGUUACAUCUAUAUAUGAUCGUAUCCUUGGAAUUCCAACACAGCUCUACAGUCAUCACUUCCAGAGGUUUAAAGAACACGUACAGAACAACUUGCCCCGAGACCUUUUGUCUCCUGAGCAGUUUGUUCAGCUUCGCAGAGAACUGGCAUCUGUAAAUGGCCAUAGUGGAGAAGAUGCACCACCUGGAGAUGAUCUGCCCUCUGGGACUGAAGAUAUAACCGACCCUGCUAAGCUAAUCACUGAAAUUGAAAACAUGAGGCACAGAAUCAUCGAGAUUCAUCAAGAAAUGUUCAAUCACAAUGAACAUGAAGUCAGCAAGAGGUGGACAUUUGAAGAAGGGAUAAAGAGGCCUUACUUCCACGUAAAACCUCUGGAGAAAGCUCAGCUGAAAAAUUGGAAAGAAUACUUAGAAUUUGAGAUAGAAAAUGGAACUCAUGAACGAGUUGUGGUCCUCUUUGAAAGAUGUGUUAUUUCAUGUGCCCUCUAUGAGGACUUCUGGAUUAAGUAUGCCAAAUACAUGGAGAAUCAUAGUAUUGAAGGAGUGAGGCAUGUCUACAGCAGGGCUUGCACAAUACAUCUUCCUAAGAAACCAAUGGUUCACAUGCUAUGGGCUGCCUUUGAGGAACAGCAGGGCAACAUCAAUGAGGCAAGAAGAAUCUUGAAAACAUUUGAAGAGUCUAUUCUAGGACUUGCAAUGGUUCGCUUGCGAAGAGUAAGCUUAGAACGCAGGCAUGGAAACAUGGAAGAAGCUGAACACCUCCUUCAAGAUGCUGUUAGGAGUGCCAGAUCAAUUAGUGAAUCGUCAUUUUAUGCCAUCAAGUUAGCUCGACAUCUCUUCAAAGUACAGAAGAAUCUCCCAAAGGCAAGAGAAGUGCUGUCAGAAGCCAUAGAAAAUGACCCCGAAAAUACGAAACUUUAUCUCAACUUACUUGAAAUGGAGUACAGUGGAGAUCUCAAGCAAAAUGAAGAAAACAUCUUGAGCUGUUUUGAUAAAGCUGUCCAUGGCGCUUUGUCUAUAAAAAUGAGGAUUACAUUUUCUCAGCGAAAAGUAGAAUUUCUUGAGGAUUUUGGUUCUGAUGUAAACCAGCUUUUGGAUGCCUAUGAUGAACAUCAGGCACUUCUACAGGAGCAGGAUUCCUUAAAAAGGAAAGCAGAGAAUGGAUCAGAGGAGCCAGAUGAAAAAAAAAUGCAUCCAGAUGACCCAGCUUUGGCAUCAGCACAGAUGAUGGAUGGAGACAUGCAAGUCAAUCAGGCAGCAUACAAUUACAAUGCCUGGUAUCAGUACAACUAUCAGAAUGCAUGGAAUUACGGACAGUAUUAUCCUCCUCCUCCUUGAUCAGAAGAGUGAGUGAAGUUCAUUGUGCAGUUUCAACAAAGAUGGAGUAAAAAAAUAUAUUUUUCUAAAUUAGGGAUGUGAAAGAACUGUUGUAAUACCUGCUAUUUGGUCUUUUGCAUGUGAAAUGAGCUGAUGUUCACAGGGUAUGUGUGAAGCAAGAUUUGUGUGUUGGUAACUGAUAAAUGGUAUCUCUGUAUACUGCUAGUUUACCAUAAAUGCAUUUCUUUAUUUCCCUGCACUAACUUAAGGAGAUAUUAUUUGAAGAAUUUUUUGCUGUUUCAUAAUGAUUCCGUAGACUUAAAAAAAAAAAAAAGAAAAAGAAAAAAGAAAAAAAAAAGGAAAGAAAAUCAGUUAAUCUGUAGCCUUUUUUAAAGCAUUUCUGAUGACUGGUGUUACCUGCAGUGGCUGCUACAGGAAACAAGCAGGUCAAGGAAGGCUGCCAGUUCAUGAGCAAGGCUGUCCUUUCACCUGCGCUCCUCUCCAACCAAAAAUUCAUACCCUGCUAUCAUGAAACUUCUUCCCAUGCCCCAGACCACUGUUUAUAUUGUCAUGACUGAAACUUCAGAUGAAGAUGGCAGCCUUUGUAAGCUGUGAUAUGUAUUUUCUAUUUUAUGUGGGGGUCAAAAAUUAAAAUGCAGUGCAAAAUGAUGUUGCAUUCUUUUUUAAAAAAAGCACAAACUGUGUUUGGAAUGGAUUUUUGUAUCUAGAGUUUUUCAUGUACACAGUGUGAGCAAACUUUUUUCAUUUUGAUCAAAGUGAUCAUUCUCAUUUUCGUAAUAAAAGCAAGGAAUUCAGUA